CGGGUGCAAACUAACCAUAACAAACGCAUUCCCUCGAUCCUUGGAAAUAAAAUAACCCAAAUCCUCGCCACCGUUAUCCAAAACCAUAUACAGUCAGAAGUGGCGUUCACAUUUUUCUCUCCUACCCAACGCUCCCAACUCUCGCAGUGCCGCCACGUGUCCCAUCGUUUUCCGCGUUUAUUUCCCUCCUUCUCAGGUUCCCUUUUCCAGCACUUUCAUCGGGAUCAUCUUCGAACUUUACUUUCACUUUGUGGCUUUCUUUUUCUCGCGCUUGCUGCGCCAUUUUCUCGGGAAAAUUUUGGAGUUUCUACUGUUUUUUUUGUGCAGUGAUCGCUAUCGGAUUCGGACUCCGAUUUCGCCUCGCGAAUCGCUAGGGUUUUGUUUCUGUUUUUCCUAUGGAGGAUAGGAGCUUGUGCUCGUCGGAGUCGGUUGUUGAAGGAAGUCGCGAUGUUUGGAGUUCGGAACCGUCGCUCGCUACCUCCGCAGAUCACCUCGUUGUAAUGGUGAACGGAAUUCUCGGACGUACAACGGAUUGGAAAUAUGCUGCGGAGCAAUUUGUCAAGGAAUUGCCUGAUAAAGUGUUUGUUCACUGUAGCGAACGAAAUGUGUCUAUUCUCACUUUAGAUGGUGUGGAUGUAAUGGGGGAGAGAUUAGCAGAAGAGGUGCUUGAAGUGAUUCGAAGCAAGCCAAAUAUGCGUAAGAUAUCCUUUGUUGCACACUCUGUGGGAGGACUAGUGGCACGAUACGCAAUUGGGAGGCUGUAUAGGCCACCUGAAAAAGGAUCUAUGAAGGACUCUUGCAAUGAAGAAAAUAAGGAGAGCCCAGUGGGCACAAUAGGUGGCUUGGAGGCUAUGAAUUUCAUUGCUGUGGCCACACCUCAUUUAGGAUCAAGGGGCAAUAAGCAGGUUCCAUUUCUUUUGGGGGUACCCGCUUUUGAGAAAGUUGCCAGUUGUGUUAUUCAUUUCAUUUUUAGAAGAACUGGUCGGCAUCUUUUCCUUACUGAUGAUGAUGAAGGAAAACCUCCAUUACUUAAACGCAUGAUUGAAGACUACGGUGAUUUGUAUUUCAUGUCUGCAUUGCGCAGUUUUAAACGCCGAUUUGCAUAUUCAAAUGUGGACUAUGAUCAUAUUGUUGGCUGGAGAACGUCAUCAAUUAGACGUCAAAGUGAACUUGCAAAUUGGAAGGAUACCGUCAAUGAAAAAUAUACACAUGUUGUAUAUGAAGAGCACUGCAAGGCUUGUUCUGAUGCUGAACAGUAUGACAUAUUGGAAGAUAACAACUCUGACAAGAUAGAAGAGGAGCUUGUAACAGGCUUAUCUCGUGUGUCAUGGGAAAAAGUAGAUGUUAGCUUCCGCAAUAGUAAGAAUAGAUUUGCUUCUCAUACUAUCAUUCAGGUCAAAGACCACAUCACACAAAUAGAAGGUGCAGAUGUUAUACAGCAUAUGAUUGAUCAUUUUCUUCUCUAGCAGCCUUCUGUCUCUUAAAUAUGCCUUCUUGGUAAUAUAUGCUUCCUAUAGGUAAAUCUAAAGUGACUAUGCUAUUUAUAAGUAAGCUAGAGUUGAUAAUAAUCGAAUUUAUCUGAAAUUGAAUUCGUUGUAGGAUGGAAACAAUUGGUUUCCUGAGUGAUGAAAUUGCCGUGAAGAAGAAAAUGAUUUUUUUGUUUAUGGAUCUCAUCCAUAACUUGACACUGUAUAAACUAGUCGGAAACCGUGAAAUGCACGGGGACAAUAGAAUUUCAAAUAUUUAUAUUCCAUUUUUUGUGUAUCCGCAUUUAAGGUUAUUUAUUUACGAAAUUGAUUUGUAUAUAUACACCUAUGUAAAUGUUUUUUACAUUGUAAUUUAAUCUGUUCAUAUGGUA